GGCACUUCGAAAUAUUACCAGAAUGUAUGACAAACAUAUCUACUUCAUUGGCUGUAGUUAUUGCUGUUUUUGCGACCGGCGUGUGUUUGUAUGAUCUCGAGCAGACGCUUUGAUGAGAGGCCAGUAAGGCGAGCGGGACAUGUCGGUGCAUUUUGAGGAGAGGAGCGGGGUGAUCCCGUGUAAAACUGCAUGGGGCUCCUGGUAUCAGACCAUGGAGGAGGUUUACAUCGAAGUCAAUGUUCCUCCUGGCACUUCAGCUAAAGAGAUCAAGUGCAACAUCGGGAGCAAACAGAUCGAGCUUCGAGUCAAAGACCAGCAGAUUUUUAAGGGGAAGCUGUUUGGAUCUACAGUCUGCGAUGAAGCAACGUGGACAUUAGAGGAUAAAAAACUGAUCCGUAUAGUUCUUAUGAAGACAAACCGAGAGGCUGGGAACUGCUGGCAGUCUCUUUUGGAGGGCGAGUUUAUGGCCGACCCGUGGGUGCAGGAUCAGAUGCAAAGGAAGCUCACGCUGGAGAGGUUUCAGAGAGAGAAUCCUGGAUUUGACUUCAGUGGGGCAGAGAUCUCUGGAAACUUUCACGGUGGAGGACCAGAUUUCUCCAGCUUGCAAAAAUAAAAGGACUGCUUUUCUAACUACUUAACACUUUUUUAAAAAGUGUUUUCUUUCUCCAAUUUUAUGUUUAAAAUAUAAGGAGCAUAUCGCAACAAAGUCAGCUAUUGUUAUAAAGCCAUAAUCAUCACAAGCAGCCUAUAUGGUGGUUUUAAUUUACAAAUGCCAAGGUUUUUUUGUAGCCACCACCACAGUGGUUUCAGAAGACUGUUAGCACCGCAAUCCUUUGAAUUUCAAUAAAUCAUAUUCAAGCA